CGUAUUACAAUUAAUUAAUAAAUUAAAGGAAGGAAAUUUUUGGCUAUUCAAUAUCCCUCUAAUUUCUGAUUCUUGCCUUGUCAGGUCUUUCACCUUCGACUUCAAUCAUCCUCUCUGUUUUCGUACUUUUAAUUGCAGACUGCUUUGCCGCCUUGGUCCCUUGACCGCCGUCGCCCGUAUGCCUGCUGAACGCCUGACUGGAAACCGUUGCUGCCGGCCUGCCGCUUCUGUCUGCUGACCGUGGUUGCCGCCUGCUGCUUUUUGGCUUUGGGUAUAAUUCUUUGAGAAAAACAAUUUUAUUUGUGUUUUGUAAAGUACAUUUUAUGACUAUGUUUAAUUUAGGUUCAAUUUGUUGUAUGAUUUGUGUAUGAUUUGAGUAAUGAGUAUUGUUUCUGCCUCUAAAAAAGUCAACUUAAUUUAGGAAAGAAUUUGUCUUGAGAUGGAAUCGGCUGCCGAAUAAGGAGCUGGCCGAAUAGGGGACUCCUCUUUCUCAGAGGAGUCCAAAUAACGAGCUGGUCGAAUAGGGGACUCCUCCUUCUCUAAGAAGUCCGAAUAACGAACAGGCCGAAUAGGGGACUCCUCCUUCCCUGAGGAGUCCGAAUAACGAACUGGCCGAAUAGGGGACUCCUCCCUCUUUGAGGAGUUCGAGUCGGACGAUGUGAGGGGCUAAUAAGCCCCAAGUUUGAAUAUCACUUAGGCUAAUGAGCCCCAAUCUUGAAAAACACUUGGGUUAAUGAGCCCUAAGUUCGAAACAUAAUGCGAACCCCAUUGGAGUCCAUCCAAGAAAGGGGCCUGCCGAAUAUAGCAAGGUGCCGAAUAAGAGAGGACUCCCCCUUCCCUGGGGAGUCCGAGUUAGACGAUGUGAGGGGCUAAUAAGCCCCAAGUUUGAAUAACACUUGGGCUGAAGGAGCCUUAAGCUUGAAAACACUUGUGCUAAUGAGCCCCAAGUUCGAAACAUAAUACGGACCCCAUUGGAGUCCUUUCAAGGAAGGGGCCAAAUAAGGUGUGGCACCUUCCGAAUAUAGCAGGGUGCCGAAUAAGAGGGGACUCCCCCUCCCUUUGGGAGUCCGAGUCGGACGAUGUGAGGGACUAAUAAUCCCCGAGUUUGAAUAACACUUGGGCUAAGGAGCCCCAAGCUUGAAAGCACUUGGGCUGAUGAGCCCUAAGUUCGAAACAUAAUACGGACCCCGUUGGAGUCCAUCCAAGGAAGGGGCCGAAUAGGGUGAGGUACCUGCCGAAUAUAGCAGGGUGCCGAAUAAGAGGGGACUCCCUUUCCCCUGGGGAGUCCGAGUCAGAUGAUGUAAGGGGCUAAUAAGCCCCAAGUUUGAAUAACACUUGGGCUUAGGAGCCCCAAACAUGAAAACACUUGGGCUAAUAAGCCCCAAGUUCGAAACAUAAUACGGACCCCGUUGGAGUCCAUCCAAGGAAGGGGCCGAAUAGGGUUAGGCACCUGGCAAAUAUAGCAGGGUGCCGAAUAAGAGGGGACUCCCCCUCCCCUGGGGAGUCCGAGUCAAACGAUGUGAGGGGCUAAUAAGCCCCAAGUUUGAAUAACACUUAGGCUAAUGAGUCCCAAUCUUGAAAAGCACUUGGGCUAAUGAGCCCCAAGUUCGAAACAUAAUACGGACUCUGUUGGAGUUCAUCCAAGGAAGGCUGAAUAGGGCGAUGACAACUUCAACAUGGGAAACUGUGUCCACUUUUACUGUUUACCUUCUUUUCCCUAUAAAUAGGGGACUUGAGCUCAUUUCCCUCAUUUCCCUAUCUUGAUUUCGAGAGCAUUUAAGAUUUUCCAAGAAUUUCCAAUUUCCAAGCUUUCUUUCGUUCUAGAACUUCAGUCAGGUACGUUUCUUGUUUUUAGGCUUUGUAUAAAAAUAAUGGUCGACUAUUCUUUUGCGCGAUUUAACUUUGACGAUAUUGAUGUAGACACUAAUUUUUUGGCGUAUAUAAAUACGCCACUGAGGCUGAUAUAAAUGAGUCAUGUCUGGACUCUCCCGUAUAUUAUCCGGAGACUUUGUACCCUUUUCCUUGGGAACCCACUAUAGCUUUUACCCCCAGGCGUUAUGAGAUUGAUCCUUGUAGUUUAGAGGGUAUAACGGUCGUUUUCCCCUCCUACAGCGCGUAUCCAAGAGCUGCUAUCAGAAUGGCGCCUACUUCAACAAGAGAGUCAGUAGAUUUGGGUUAGAACCCCCACUACGAUGGGCCAAAGUAUUGUCCCGGCUCUGGUCCUUUAAACUAUUUUAUUCGGCCAACCUGGAGUACAACCUUGGAUAAGGACUUGUCCUUUGUAAGGGAGCGCUGGGCUCCACCGAACGAGUACUCCCUAGUGAAGCCGGGGAAGAAAGACAGCAUUAAACAUGUGCCCGAAGGGUGCAACGGCGUUUACAAGGACGCCAUGGAGACGGGUUUGAGGUUUCCUCUUCAUCCAUUUUCCAUAGAGGUGCUCAACUCCUACAACAUUGCGGUGUCUGAGUUGUAUCCCAAUGGUUGGGGCUGUAUUAUAGGUUUUAUAAUGAUUUGCAUAGCUAUAGGGGUAGAGCCGACUCUAACGGCGUUUAGGUACAUAUUUAGACUUAGGAGAUUUACAGCGGCUCAAUUAAGGCCUAGGUUGGGUAACCUUCCAGCACAUGCGGGGAUUUUCAAUCGUUAAGGGAUUGAGAGAUAGCAUGAAGCGUUUCAGAAAUGACUUCGUCUUUUUGUAUAGAGCCGAUCCAUGGCCCGUCAAGACAAGUCAUGAUGAACGGCCUAACUUCCAAUUCAACAACAAUGUUCCCCAAUGUAAUUUAGAGGAAUUUUUGAUUAUAGAGCAUGCUACUAAGGAAGUAGAAUUAGGUGGCUUUAAGCCGGUUUUGGUUUAGAGGAGCUAUGUGGUGAACUUAGACACCUUCAGAAUGAACUAUUUUGGUCUGCAAUGGGCCUUAGUCCGAAGUAUCAUCAGGGUGAGUUGAAGCCCCUACUGAUUGUUCUUUUUGUACUGGUCUUGUGACCCGAAUUAUUUCUUUUGCAGUAAUAGCGUUUGAGGAGCUACAGAAGAGUAUCCAGAAAUCAUGAACUCCUUCAACUUUGCCCAGAUGAUGGCCGAAUCUCGUAAGAGAAAGGCACAGGACGGGAAGAAUAAGAAGUUGCCGGAGGAAACUUCUCAACCCACACCAAGUGGGUCAGUUCGGGAGAGAAGCGCCUCUCCUUCGACUCAGCCACCAAAGAGAAAGAAGGAACUCCCGCCAAAGGGAGACAAAGGCAAGGGGAAGGCCGUAGGUGGGUCGAAGGAGGCAUCAACAUCCUCGCUAGAUGAAUGGGAGUACGAAAUAACCCGUUGGGAUACUGGCGUGGUGUUCAGCUCUAACUCCGCCUUUUUCAAUCUCUCAUCCAAAGAGUUGAGGUUGAGGUGGAGGAGGGCGAUGGGCCAGCUGGUGGGCGACAAGGACUUGGCUCAGCUCGCUUCUGCUCCUGCCAAAACAAGGGUCAAUGAGCUGCUUGCCCUCCAAGCGGAGAUGAACAUUCGUAUGCAGUAUGAAAUCACUAUUGCACUCGGGUCAGAGGUAAUGGAUGCCGAUCUUCGAGCAGCUAAGAAGAGGGUCCAUGAGCUGAAUGGGAAGCUGAUCGUGAAAAAUGAUCAGAUCAUGAACCUGACCCGGGAGAACAAAGGUCUCCAACACUCCCUCGAGGGCAUGCGCGAAAAACGCCGAUUUCUGAAAGAGGCCGUGCUUGUUCGCGAGAAACAAAUAUUUUAGAAGAAAAUCGCCAAGGAGUGGAUAGAGACCGAGGAGGGCAAGCAGUUUGUGGCCAGGCUGGGGGUCGACACUGUUAGUCAAGGCAUGCGGGUGAAGGAACUGAUGUUCAAGUAUGCCCAUGAAAAGUUGAAGGCAACUCCUAACUGGGAGUCCUUCAGCGCUGCAGAUGCCGUAUAUGAUAGGGCAACUCAUCAGGCCACCAAAGAGCUUAAGGAGAUUGAAGAGGCGGGGCCUGAUGAGGAAGAUGUCGUUGACAAAGAGGCAUGGGAGAAGGUGCUUUCGGGGGAAGUCGAGGCCAGGUUUAGGGAUGUCGAUUUUGCUCACUACGACAUCUCUAUCCCUUCGAGGCCGAAAACCCCUUCAUCCUCUCCCAUUGUCGCCGUUCCCUUACUCCCUCGUACUUCAGAGACCCCAGCUUUGCCGGCAGCUUCGGGGGGUGAGGGGUCGGCCCCCGGCGAGGAGGAGCUGAACCCGCUGUUCAGCGUGGAAGAGCUUUUUGAAGAAUGAUUUUUCAUUUUUAUAAGUUAGUUUGGUGGACUAUGGUCCUUGUACCCAUAUUCUAUUACAUUUUUCAGGCUUCGGCCUGUUUUGUAACGAUUCCUGUUCUGCAACUCUCUUUUUUAAUGCAUGUUCUCGUUUAUGUUCUAUGCUUUGCCGACAAUUGAUUUGAAAAUUUCAUUGUCGCUUAAGAUUGCCUUACACUUGAUACCCUGACUUACUUGCCCCCUAAGCAUCACUUUGAGGAGCAAAUUACAAAAUGUGGAGUGCCGACAAUGAGGUAUCCGACUUACAAUGUCCUAAUAGGAAAACAAAGAAAUCUUCCGCUAAGAAAUCUUAAAAUGAAAAAUGAAAAAUAGAGUUUCUUGAACCAAACAUAGAGUUUCUUCAAGUGGUCCGAAUUCCAUGACCUGGGUAAGGGUUUGCCAUUGUCUUCUAGCUCGUAUGUUCCCGGUCUAAUUACCUUGGUGACCUUGAAAGGUCCGUCCCAUGUCUUCCAAAGCUUUUCCUUUUCCACAAUCUUUCAUGUUGCUUGAAAUUUUCUACGCAUAAGAUCACCGGCUUGAAACCCUUUUGGUUUUACUCUUCUGUUAAAUUGCCUCGUCAUUCUUUAUUUUUGCGCGAGGGCCUUGAGGAAGGAGUUUCCUCUUGUUUCUGGCAGUAGGUCGAGGUUGAUCGGCUUAUCUUGAUCGUUGUUAUAUUGAUCGUAGUAAAUUAUU